CUUCAAGGCGUAAGGGGUAGAAGCUAGGCUAUCGAUAACAUCUUGCUGCAAUCAUGAGAAAACUCCGUUAAAACACAACACUUAGAUACGAUCAUGACUUAACUACAUAGUAUAGAAUUCGUGGCUUCUCUGCUAGUCUCCGGAUUCGCGCACUCUGCCAACACGCAAUCUCACCGUUCAGAUCGACGACCUGAGUCCGUGACACUAGGUGAAGCACUCGAAUUCUGUCCGUCCGUACGUCCGCCUCCCAUUUCUCUCUUUGAAACCAUCCAAACAAAAACUCGUUUUUCGUUGGGGUACAGAAAGAUUGCUCCCUUAGUCGGAGCUCACGAGAGCACACGCAAUAGAAAAUGGCCAUAGCUAUAGUGUGGAGGAAAGAAGCCGCCGGAAGUCCUCGGGUGGUGCGCUCGCCUUGCUAGUAGCCCUGCGGAGAGUACCCAGAGAAAACGCAUCGAAUGAGACUCGGCCCGGCCUCCCAGCAGCACACUCAAGCCAUCCAAGAAGAGACAUUCAAGAGUCCCAAGGCGGUAAUGUAGAAGACAACAACAAGUGCAACAGCAACAACAGGUGCAACAGCAGCAGCAGCAACAACAACAGUAUGAGCAACCUGCUCAGAACAACAACGAUUCUACGAUGCCGGUCGAUGAUGCAGGAGAUGACUCCGAGGGAGGAAUCGGCGCCAAGAUGCGCAAGAUUUUUGCCAACCGCAAGAAUCUGAGCGCUGCCGAUCGGAAGCGUCUCGAAAAGGAGCGUAAGGCUCGUCAGUUGCGCCGUCUGCGCAAGCUGUUGACCCCCAAGAACGCCGUGGUGGCCCUCCACGAACUGCAGGGACCCGGAAUGAGCGAGUUCACGAUCAACACCAACGGUCAGGAGACGACGGCCGAAAUCGUGGUCAACAACGUACGCUACGAAGCUACCGCCCCGAACAAGCACAUGGCCAAGGCCCGUGCUUCGGAGAAGGCCCUGCGUGAUCUGGUCAUCGCCCAGAUGGCCAAGGCUCGCCAGAGUGCCGAAACCACCGCUGCUGCUGCUACCACAAACAAUGGCAACAAUGGUUCUGCCGCCGGCAAUGAGGAUGUUGAAAUGUCCGAAAUGACCGAAACGGACGAUGUGCCGAUGUUGCACCUGGCUUCCUACGCGCUGUACAAGCUGUUCAACGAGUGGCAAAACGAAGGCUUCGAAAUCCCAGCCAUCAAGCCAAUCAAGGCUGCGGUCAAGCUGAACGAAGCCGGUGUCCAUCCGUUGGCCCCCAAGGUCCCGAAGACCAAGGCCGAUUUGCCCUCCGAUGCAGCCACCCGCCAUCCAACGGCUCUCUUGGCAUUGAUGCGCCCGCAAAUUCCGUACGAAGACCUGGGCUCGAACAACACCAACGACCCAACCAAGCGGGAGUUCUCCGUCGGAGUGACCGUCGAUGGACAGCGAUUCAUUG